AUGAAGCUACCACCGCCAGAUAAGGACAUCUCCAAGACGGAUCUCUGGCCAACCGCUCCUCCAGGCACAGAAAGCUUGUCCCAUCGCAUCAUAGAAGCUAGGACCGAUAUUCUCCUCGCCAUGAUCCAAGAAAUCCGACUCGACACUGCAAGCAUUAAGACACUACUGGUAUCUCAACAACGCCGUCGCUCAAGCGCUGGUACUCCGGCAAAUCCAUCAGAUCUAAAUGAGGCCUACGGCGAGCAUAUGUCUACCCUCGAUGAUGCUGAGCGAGCCCAAAUCAUCCAAAACCUGGUCGAAACUACGACUCUCACUGAAGCUAUCCAGUUUGCCUUGACGCUGUACAUGGAGAAGAACAAGGCGAUCUACGCAAGAAGAUGCAAGGGUACGAUCAUGGGCGGCGAAGCUGUGAAAGAUCUCAUCUCCAAGCACUGCAUGUCGCUCGAGGAAGAGGAGCGCAAGCAGCUGGAUGACUGGGACCAGAACAAAUGGUCUGGCUCGUUCCUUGACGCGCAAAGAAGGAUGAAGAAGAAGGGUGACAAGCAAGUGGGCGAGAAGGCGAAGGAGAAGGAGAAUACAGAAGCGGAAGCGGAAGUGGUAGGAGAGACAUCUCGACAGGCAAGUAAGCGUCGGCGUCAACAGAUCAGCGAUAGCGAAGACGAGGAGAUAUAA